AUGUACAGUACCACCACAAGCAACACCAUCAACACCACCAACACCAUCACCAUCAACAACACCAUCAUCAACACCAUCAACACCACCAACAACACCAACACCAUCAACAACACCAUCAUCAACACCAACAACACCAUCAUCAACACCAUCAACACUAACACCAUCACCACCACCAUCAACACCAACACCACCACCAACACCACUAUCAACAAAAAUGACAGCAACAGGCCUGGAGUCUGUGGAAUUGGCACGAAAGGCACCAUAACUUACAAAUGUGAAUCAAGUGUUUGGAAACCAUUAGAGGACAACUGUGUACUUGAAGUUAUCGACAACCUUAAAAACAAACUUGAGUCCUUGCGUGUGGAGGAGAUUCCAGGGUUUAUGGCUAACCUCAGUAUUGCCACAUCAGAUAAUACUAUUAAUAUAACCCAGUCUGCUGCUACUGUCCAAGCAAUUGUUGACAUACUCUUUAAAAUUGCCGACUUGUCACAAACUAUUGUCAUCAAAAAAAUUGUGAUGGAGAGUUUCCUAAACACAGUGGACAUUAUUGUAUCAGGUAAUGUCAGUGAUACAUGGAACAAACUGAACAAAGGCAACAACACAGAAGACACCAGCAUUAAACUUCUGAGCGCUAUUGAGGAUAUAAGUGACCGUCUCACAGAUGAGUUUGAUAUUUAUGAAUCAUCCAUUCAGCUGAAUAGAACUACAAUUAAAAACUCAAUCAAUAUAACAUCAGCACUGCCAAACUCGGCUACAGAGAUUGUGGUACCACAGGUUCCUCAAGAGACUACCAUAACCAUCAUAAUCUUCUCAACUCUUGACAAAGUACUACCUUCUCAAGGUACUAAUGACAGCAGGAAAUCAGAUGUGCGCAUCAAUGGAGAUGUGGUUGUUGUUAAGGUUAAUGAAACUCUUAACAACAUUUCUUUUACAUUUGACAUUACUAAUCAGUCUUUGGGAAAUCCUCAGUGUGUCUUUUGGAACUUCAAUCUCAGCAAUUGGGAUUCCACUGGAUGUGAAGUAAAGCCCUAUAUAAGUAAAGGGAAUGAAACUGGCAAGAUUACAUGUGAAUGCAACCACACAACUUCCUUUUCAAUCUUAAUGUCACCGUUUUCCAUUGAUCACGAAGUCUUAGACUUUAUAACUUACAUUGGCAUAGCUAUUUCGAUGGCCAGCUUGAUUAUAUGCCUGAUUAUUGAGACUAUCGUAUGGAAAUCAGUGAGAAAGAAAGACACAUCCUACAUACGACAUGUCUCCAUAGUCAACAUUGCCGUUUCCCUGCUGAUCGCAAACAUCUGUUUUAUCAUUGGAGCUGCAAUCGCAGAACAAGAGCAGCCACCCUCAGUGGGUCGCUGCAGUCCAGUGGUUUUCUUCAUGCACUUUUUUUACCUGGCUCUUUUCUUCUGGAUGUUAAUGUCAGCGCUGUUGCUCUUUUACCGUACAGUCAUGGUCUUGUCUCAAAUGUCAAGGGCCAAAAUGAUGGUCAUUGCCUUCAUAGUUGGUUAUGGUGCACCUUUGCUGAUAGCGGUCAUCACUGUUGCAUCAACAGCUGGACCUCAAAAUUAUAUUUCCAAAAAAAAUGCAUGCUGGCUGAACUGGUACGAAUCAGAGGCCCUGCUGGCAUUUGUGAUCCCAGCUUUCACUAUUGUAGCCAUAAACCUUGUGGUUUUGAUUGUGGUUCUGUACAAGAUGUUGAGGAGAGGAGUUAGUGCCGCAACUCAACCAGAUGAGAAACAUACCCUGGUGGUCAUUGCCAGAUGUGUGGCCUUUUUGACUCCUAUCUUUGGUCUAACAUGGGGAUUUGGCAUUGGAACCAUGGUGUCACGUGACUUUGGUAUUCAUGUGGUGUUUGCACUCCUCAAUUCACUGCAGGGAUUCUUUAUUUUGGUGUUUGGAACGCUUUUAGACAAAACGGUUCGUGAGUCACUACCAGGAAAACUGUUGCUACAGAAACUCAGUUCCAGUCGUACCAAGAGCACCAGUGGAGGAACAUCAUCCACAUCUGGCCUGCCUUUCUUGCGAAGGAAGCAACGGAGGCAUGUGUACAACGUAUCCGAAACCAACCUUUCCUCAGCAGUUACAUCCUCAGACAGCUCCGGUGGCUCAUACGCUCAUAUGAACACUUAAAGCACCAAAAAGUGUUUCUGUUACUAUGACAAGCUACAUGUUAGCUCUUUUACUGUACAGCCUCCAAUAAAAUAGUAAGGUAUUGUAAGAAUAAGAAUAACUGUAAGGGCAUGGUGAGUGUAAGGGGCUUUUACACAGGUUGUUUAAAAAGAUUCUUUAUUUUUUUGUAAUAAUAGCGUCUAGGCUUGCAGUAGUAUCACGAUAUUCAUUUUUUAAAACGGUAGUAUAGUUAGUACUGCUGUAAUGUUCUAUAUGUGUGGCAGGUAAACUAUUUAAAAGGUUAAUUUGAAUUUGUAUGCAAAAAUAUUACAAGAGAGUCUUUCUGGAGCCUUUCUCUUGUGCGUCCAUUGCUCGAGCAUUUGACAAUUUCUAGAAUAGGCCUAGUUGGUUAGUGUCACGAAU